AUGGCACAGAAGGUUAUCAAGAAGUCCAAUGUCGUCAAGGACAACGUCAAGAAGCAGAACACCGGACUCCUCCGGAAAGGAGCAAGAUCAUACGCCCCCAAGAGCAACAUGCUGAUCAAACAAAAGUCGACCCAGCAGAGACUCUCGGCCCAGAUCAACAAGAACAUUGAGACCGUCAUGGCCACCCGUGCAGGAGCCACUGGAAAGCUGACCAUCAUGAAGUCUCUCGCCGAUGCUGGAUUGGCGGCUGAGCGCAAGGCUGGUGGAAAGCGCAAGGCUGGAGGUAUGCCCAAGGUCGGCACUGGCAAGAUCUCCAAGGCUUUGCCUACCAAGGCCAAGCCUGCCCCCAAGAAGUAA